GUCGUCGACGCCUUGACGCUCUUUGAGACCAACAUGGAGAUCGGGGAGUACUUCAACGCCUUCCCCAGCGAGGUCCUCCCGAUUUUCGACAGCGCGCUGCGCCGGGCUGCCCUGGCAGCGCUGGAGGCCGCCGCGGCCCCUCCCCAGCUCAGCAUGAAGCAGAACCUCCACACCAGGGUCUCAGGUUUGCCUGUUUGCCCAGAGCUGACUCGAGAGCACAUUCCUAAAACCAGGGAUGUGGGUCACUUUUUGUCUGUUACUGGGACUGUCAUACGUACCAGUUUGGUGAAAGUUUUGGAGUUUGAACGGAGUUAUAUCUGCGAUAAGUGCAAGCACGUGUUUGUCGUCAAGGCUGACUUUGAACAGUACUACGCGUUCUGUCGUCCAUCAGCCUGUCUUAAUGAAGAAGGCUGCAAGUCAACCAAGUUCACGUGUCUCUCUGGAACAACCUCUUCUACCUGCUGCAGAGACUAUCAAGAAAUCAAAAUUCAGGAACAGAUUCAAAGACUGUCUGUUGGAAGCAUCCCUCGUUGCAUGGUGGUUGUUCUGGAAGAUGACUUAGUGGACAGUUGCAAGUCUGGAGAUGACAUCACAGUGUAUGGAGUGGUAAUGCAGAGGUGGAAACCUUUCCACGAGGAUGCACGCUGUGACUUGCAGCUUGUUUUGAAAGCCAACUACGUUAAAGUAAACAAUGAGCAGCUAGCAGGGGUUGUAAUUGAUGAAGAAGUCCGCAAGGAAUUCAAAGACUUCUGGGAAAAGCAUAGGAAUGAUCCCUUAGCAGGGAGGAAUGAAAUUUUGGCUAGCUUAUGUCCUCAAGUUUUUGGAUUGUACCUGGUGAAGUUGGCUGUAGCCAUGGUGCUUGCCGGUGGUGUACAGAGGACCGAUGCUACUGGAACUCGAAUCAGAGGUGAAUCGCAUCUUUUGUUGGUUGGAGACCCGGGUACGGGGAAAUCUCAGUUUCUCAAGUAUGCAGUAAAGAUUAUGCCACGGUCUGUGCUUACUGCGGGAAUUGGAUCUACAAGUGCAGGUAUUGUGUGCUUUGAGAUCCAUUAUGAUCCUCUGGGGCUCUGCGGUGCCGUGUGCCCGCUGCAGCCUGUUACUGCAUCUGGACCUAAGUGGAAUUGCCUGGCCAAUUUCAGAAAACGGCGAUCUAACUCCGCAACUUAA